AUGGAGGGAUCACAUGUCAAAGAAGAACAGCUUGAGCUCGUGGACGUGAUUCAUGUUGAAGGCAUGGGCAAUGGCGUCUUUGCUCGCAAGCACUUCAGCGAAGGCGAUGUGGUCAUGAGCGAGAGGCCGAGUGUUGUUCUUGAACUUUCAUAUGCAAAGGACGAACUUGCAAAGAAGGUGAACAACUUUCUGCGAAGAAGUGCGUGUGAAGAAGCGAAGCUCUCUUGCGCUUUUCAAUGGACUUUGUGGCUGUGCCAUUUCUUUCAGCUUCCAGAGGCACUUCGCAACCGGAUCGAAACGGAGGUUUACUCCCCGAGGGAAGACGACGGAGUAGCGGGGGUGAUUCAGAGUGAAACUUUCAGUGACGCCGAUAAGUUCUCGCACUUCCUGUCAGACUUCUGCUCCUCCUCUUUCACAGCUCUCAUGGACCUGCCGGAGCUCGAAGCAGUGCUGGAUGUUGACGCAGCUCGUCUGAAGAGGCUGAUGCUGCUCUACAUCUGCAACUUCCACCAGUACCAGGGCAAGGCAGCGCUGUUUCUCAAGUGCUGCAAGCUAAACCACUCGUGCCGCGAUGCCAACACCAAGUACGUGGUGGACUGCUCUGGUCUUGCCUUACAUGUAGCGUUGAGGGACAUCAGUCCAGGGGAGCAGAUCUUGACGGACUACCUGCAGGGAAUCCCCUUCAUGUCCACCCACGAGAGGAGGAAGAAGCUGCUCGAGACGAAGCUGUUCACAUGCAUGUGCUCCGCAUGUCUGAGCGAGGACGACCUAAGGCUGCUGCCGUGCACGAGCAGGGGCGAUGAAGGGGAGGCGUGUCAAGGGUCCUGCUCUUGUAGAGAUGGGAGGUGGAUGUGCAAAGAGUGCGGGCGAGAGGAAGAAGUGGAGACGUUUCUCUCGCAGCAGUUCCUCAGGUUGUGCGGGCUGGGACUGGCGGAGGCGUCGAACAAGUCGAGAGCAGAGAUGGCCGAGGAAUUCCUCAAGGUGGAGGAGAGGAUGGUGAAGGAAAGCUACAGCAAAAUCUUCUGGUCGGUUGAGGAGAUGGGAAAGAAGCAUGCUCACUUCAGCAGCGCUCUUGGACGUCAGCACCCAGCAGCCCGCAGGAUGGAAUGGAAUGUCGAGAGGACGAUGGCAGAGACGUCCGUGACGGUCGGAGGAUGA